AUGAAAGUAUUAAUUUGUGGUGGAGCAGGAUAUAUUGGAUCACAUAUAGUUAGAGAAUUUACAUCAUAUCCAAGUUAUGAAAUUAUUAUUCUUGAUAACUUUUCCAAAGGUCAUUUAGAAUCCAUACCAGAAAGCAUAAAAUACGAGAAAGGAGAUAUAUGUGACAAAGAGUCUUUAGAUAAAAUUUUUGAAAAGCAUCGACCAAAUGCAGUAAUGCAUUUUUGCGCAUCAAUAGAAGUUGGAGAGAGUGUAGAAAAUCCUUUAAAAUAUUAUGAAAACAAUGUUGUAGGUACUAUUUAUUUACUACAAACAAUGAAGAAGUAUGAUGUGAAAUAUUUUAUUUUUUCCUCAACUGCAGCAAUAUUUGGUAAUCCUGAAUUCACACCUAUACCUGAUGAUGCUAAAACCUUACCAAUCAAUCCUUACGGUGAUACAAAACUUACAGUUGAAAAGAUUCUUGAUUGGAGUGAAAAAGCUGAUGGAAUUAAAUAUGUUUGUCUUAGAUACUUUAAUGCUUGUGGAGCACAUGAAAGUGGCGAGAUAGGCGAAGAUCAUGACCCAGAAUCUCAUUUAAUCCCACUUAUACUUCAAGUUGCACUUGGACGUAGAGAACAAAUAAAGAUAUUUGGAAAUGAUUAUGAUACCAGGGAUGGAACUUGUAUAAGAGAUUAUAUUCAUGUUACAGAUUUGGCCACAGCUCAUAUUAAAGCAUUGGAGUACCUUGUAAAAGAAAAUCAAUCACAAAAAUUCAAUUUAGGUUCGGGUGAAGGCUAUAGCGUCAAGGAAGUUAUCGAAGCUGCUAGAAAGGUCACCAAUCAUCCAAUUCCUGCCAAAGUGGAAUCUCGUAGACCUGGUGAUCCUGCCAUUUUGAUUGCAGGUUCAGAACGAGCUGAGAAGAUUCUUGGAUGGAAAAGAAAAUAUACUACUAUAGAAAAAAUCGUUGAAACCGCUUGGAAAUUUCAUCAAAAUCAUCCUCAUGGUUAUUCUUCUACUGCUAAAAAAUAA